ACGAUGCUGGUGUUAACCCAGGCCCAGGCCCGUUUUCGAAAUUUGCCCUUGGUAAUUUUUCAUAGAAACCCUGAAAUCCCAAGAUCUCGACCAACCAAAGAGAAAUGGAGUUCGCUAACAAGCUGGUGGCGCUAGCAACCAGAGCGGCCAACAAUAACGUGGUGAUCAACGUGUGCUUGGUCACAUCAUUCGCAGUGUUAGGCAUUCGAUCUCUGAACCAGCAAAAGGUUAUAGAAGCUUUGGAAGCCGAGAAGGAAUCCUUGACCAAAACCAACAAGGCUAUGAAAAAUACUAUGUGGGAUUGGAAGCAACAGCUCUUUGCUGAAGCAACCUCUAACACCCCUCUUGUUCCUCUGGCUAACCUCAAAAUCAUCUAUGGCGAAUCCCCAUCUCCUCCAAUCGUUAUGUCAGGAGAUACUGCAAAAGAAGGUGCAAAAUCUCCUGCAGCCAAAUUCGUAGUCUAAACUCUGAAUUGGAUUAGCUAACUUUUGAGGAAGCAGUAAUUUUUGGUCAUCAAAGUUGCUUAUUAGACAAAUCAUAAUUCUGUAAUCCGCUAGAGUAAUUUUGUAGAACCACUCAUCAAAUUUAUUGGACAGAGACUCAGAGAAUAUCCUAAACAUGUCUGGUGUAAGAUUCACAGAGGUAAUGUUUUGAUUAUAGCACAAGAAUGCAAUAUAUGCAGCUGCAUUUGCAGCUAUGUUGUUUCUUGGCUUGUCGAAUUGAAGUGCAUUAGGAAUAAAGUGGGAGGUGUUUAAGCCAAUUCUGAAUUUUUGGUUGAUGAUGGUUGUUCAACUCAGCCAUUUUGAGGCCUCAGCCACCAUCUAUGUCUUACCUGUCAAGCUUUGUUUAAAAGAGUAAGAAAUUCUGGAAGGAUCAUUUUCAGUCCAACUAAAAUUUUCAUUCUGUUGAUCCACAUUCCAUUUGAAACAGGCGCAAAAUAUUUUCCUGGUACUUAAGACGGACUCUUGUCUAUAUCAAUCUCUGUUGUCUUACAUGUCUCUCAGGUGCAACAGCUUUGUGUUUCAUAUAGUUACACAAACUGUUGACAAUGAGAUUGCUAGAGGCCACUGAAAGCCCAUUCAACAAAAGCAUUCUUCCUGGACAAAUUCAAACCAUAGACAAAGGGCAAAAGUGAUCAAAGUGCGCGCCAUGUAGCCACCGUCCCCAUAAACAUCUUGAUUCUGGGCUGUCUAUUACGCUAUAUUUGGAUACAUAUAAAUAAAAGAAAGGAAAGAAAAGAAAAUGAUACUACAUU